CACGUGGCCGUGCCGCAGUUCCGUUAGUGUACGAUUUGGUUACGGUAGUCAUUUGGCCACCUCUACCCAACCUCUGAUUCCCUUCAUCCCAUCGAGUCCAUCGUCCUCACAUUUCAGGAAAUGUCGUUCUUCAAGCGCAAGGAGAAAAACUUGAUUCCUCCUCUUCAGCCAGCAUCAGAUGGUUUGCGGGGUUCGUCUCGAAGCACGUCUUCCCUCCCCAGUUACAAGUCCAGCGCUAGUACCUACGUUGCCAGCCGCGAUGGACCUGAUCCUUAUAAUGUCAUGAAUACUAGGACUCAGUCACAGAAUUCGUACGACAACUAUGACGCUUAUAAUGCCACUGCGGGUAAAACUCCUGAUGUUGAGGGAGAUCGGAACCGCAAUGAACUGUUCGCUGGAUAUAAACCUCAGGGAAAGACAGGCAAAGAACCCUCUCCUGGAGAGGAGAAUGAAGAGGAUGUAGAAGGCAUCAAACAGCAAACCAGAUUCAUGAAGCAAGAGAGCGUCAACUCUACCAGGAAUGCACUGAGGCUUGCUCGGGAGGCCGAAGAGACUGCGGGGAACACCAUCGGAAAACUCGGGGACCAGUCUGAGAAACUCGCCAAUACUGAGCGUCACCUUGAUGUUUCAAAGGGUCACACCUUACGCGCCGAAGAUCAAAUCGGUGAACUGAAGCAGCUUAAUCGGUCAAUCUUCCGUCCUGUCAUUACUUGGAACAAGGAUGCAAAACGCGCCGCUCAGGAAGAAAAAAUUCAGCAGCGGUAUGAAGACGAAAGGUUAGAUCGCGAAAAGGCUAUGCAAGACAUCAGAGAUACUCAGAACCGCUUGGGACGUGCCACUACAUAUGGCUAUCAAGAUGAGGAAAGUCUAACAUCUGGAGGGUCAGGUAGAUUACGCACUGAGGAACAGCUGGCCACUAGAAAGGAGCAGCGGAAGAGAUACCAAUUUGAGGCGGGUGCUUCUGAUGACGAGAUGGAAGAUGAGUUGGACGACAACUUGAACGAGAUCUCGGCUAUCACCAAAAACUUGAAGGCACUGGGUACCGCUAUGGGACAGGAGCUCGAUCAGCAAAACUCGAGACUUGUCACCAUCGAACAAAAGACGACGACCUUGGACAACAAUGUAUUCAGGAACACUGAAAGGCUCAAACGCAUCAAAUAAAAAUGGUGCUUUAUGUUGGCAACAAGAUGGUGUCUUUCACUGCUCCUAGAUCUGUAUUUAAUUCAUGGACAUUUUCGUAAAUGCUGUAGCGGACCUAUACCUGUACACGUUAUAUAUUGAGUUGACACCAAGUUGGCAUUUACAUAAAGUCUGAC